AUGUGUAGGUUUUUUUUUUUAAUACUGUUGACAUAUGGUUGACAUCAUACACAUUAACCUGUAAAAUAUUUUAAUAAAAUGUAAAGUGUAGUAAUAGGAAUUUUAUUUUAAAAGUGAAAGGAAAUAGAGUAAAGCUUCUGUUUAUUUAAAGUUAUGAUAAACAACGCAGUUGGAAACAAACUAAUGUUUACUCUUGCUUCUCAAGAUAUGGGUUUUAGAAGGAAGUUGGUGGUGAUAUUUAUCACAGUAUUUGUGAUAGUAAUUUGGGUUCUCGGAAUUAGAAAUAGAGGGGCGUACCAGCUGCCCGGCCUGCAGAGCGAGGAGGAGGUGGCAUUCUUGAAGAGAAGGGUGGAGGAGCUGAGCUACGAGUGUCUGCGCUCCCAGCAGUCGGAGCCGCGCCUGCCGGUCAUCUACGCCAUCACGCCCACCUUCGCCCGCCACGUGCAGAAGGCAGAGCUCACCAGGUUGUCGCACACGCUGCGGCUGGUGCCCGGCCUGCACUGGCUGGUGGUGGAGGACGCGCCCGGCCCCUCGGCGCUGGUCUCCAAGCUGCUGCAGCGCUCCAUGGUCAACCACACGCUGCUCUACAAGCCCACGCCGCCCGCCAUGAAGCUCAGCGACAAGGAGGGACACUGGACCAAGCCGCGCGGCGUCGCGCAGCGGAACGCCGGGCUGAAGUGGCUGCGCGACAACCUGGUCCCGGGCCGGGACGCGGGGGUCGUCUACUUCGCGGACGACGACAACGCGUACAGCCUGGAGCUGUUUGAGGAGAUGCGGUGGACGCAGCGGGUGAGCGUCUGGCCCGUGGGGCUGGUGGGCGGCCUCCGGGUGGAGCGGCCGCUGGUCGACCCCCACACGAACCGCGUCACGGGCUUCAACAGCGCGUGGCACCCUGAGCGCCCCUUCCCCAUCGACAUGGCGGGCUUCGCCAUCAACGUGACGCUGCUGCUGGACACCCCUGCGGCCGUGUUCUCGUUCGAGUCGAAGCAGGGCUACCAGGAGUCGGAGAUCCUGCGCCACGUGGUGACCCGGGACCAGCUGGAGCCCCGCGCCGACCUCUGCACUAAGGUGUACGUGUGGCACACGCGCACGGAGACGCCCAAGCUCCCCGCCGAGACGGCCCUCAAGAAGCAAGGCAAGAGUUCCGAUGACGGCAUCGAGGUGUAGCUGCGAUCCUUCUCCACGUGCUACUGAUGCAGUCUUGUGGCUGUGAUAUGAGUGUGUCAUUGUUUCACUUCUGGGGUUUCGCUUCUUGAGAGUUUUAAUGUGAACAUUAGUGGUGGUGAUUUCAAUUGGAGACAGAUAGUAGAGAAAACAUUCCUUGAUUCCGUCCCUUAAAAAUUCUGCAGCAAGUGUGUGACAUUGCGUGUGUGUUUGUUUUUAAUUUUGGUUUUUAUUUUAGUCAGUUCUGUCCUGUGAUGGUAUUUGUAUUUUAGGUCAUGUUUUAAUGGAGGGACAAAAUACUCUAGAGAUUUUAUUGUGAAAUUAUUUUUACUCAUAGUCAAUUUUAUGUGUGAACAAAAGCCAAAGCACUAGAUAUAGCUACAAAAACUUGCUACUUUAAGUUGUGUGUAUGUUUUGUUAUUUAUAGACAAGAGAAGUUUGCACUACUAUACAGGUUUUUUGGUACAACUGACACUAACAUGUAUCUCCUGUUUCCAAUACUGAAUUUUUCUGAGACUGAGACACGUAAGUCGAGUGUGUUGCUGCUGUGAGAAUUUGCAUCUUUGCGAAGGACCAGAUAGGACUGCAGGAUGUAUCAAGAUGGACUCCUAAAUAAUAUAUAGCUUUGUCAUUUAGCGAAGUGUGUUGCUCAAGAGUGCCAUGGUGGGAAUUAUAACAGUAAAUAGAGAUCUUUAUUACGAGGCAUUCACAAAGUAAAAUCUGUUUGUUUAUUAAAAGAAAUGAACAUAUGAGAAAAGGUUUUUAUUGACUGUUUUAAUUUACUACAUAUCUACUUCACUUUUCCACUUAAUCACCCUUCAGUUCUAAGCACUUUCCAUAAUGCUACACCAGUUUCUUUAACCCCUUUGCGUAGAAGUUCACCACCUGAAAAUUAAACAAAGGCAGUCUUGAGUUCCUCACUGUCAGCUUGGCGACGGACCGUCACAAAGCGGCCGCGGUAACAUCUUCAAAGGCAGCCGGUCUCUCGGAUCGCCGAAGCGAGCAGGCAAGUCACGCACCAGGUAGCGCUGCUGUUCACAGUGCAGAGCCCACAAACAGGGGUAUUACGUCAGGUGACAGUUUCUCGCAUAGUCGACUUUGAAUUGCACAUCCUAGUUUUGUGAACAUUUCAUCGUACACGUCAGCUGUAAUUGUUGACCGAUAUUCCAUGAAAUAAACCAAAAUGACUUUUUUCCCCCAAAAAUGGUAGCCAUCAUUUUUCGACUCGAGUAUGGAGAUUGCUUAAACUCUUUUAAUUGAAUGGCGCCGCUGCAUUGACUGUUGUUUUGACUCUGCAUUGGUGUAGGAUAUCCACAUUUCAUCUCUCGCAACAAUGUGGGAAAACAAAUCAUCUCCAUUUUGUCAAUAGCGGUCCAAAAACACUUGUCCACUGCACAUGCUCUUUAUGCUGGUCUGUGAACCUUUUUGGUUCUCACCUUGACACAGUUAAGGAUGUACGAGCUUUUCUGUGACCAAUUCAUCAGCCAGAGCACUAAUCGUCAAUCACUUCUUAGGUUUUGGUUGUCUUGUUCAGUGAUUUCAUCACUCUGAAUACCAGGCCUGCCACUACACGUCGUCAUACUCAUUUGUGCUGCCAUUUUUAAAGUCUCAACACCACUUUAUGUUGCUCUCGUCAUCUGGGGUUGCCGGCGAGUAGCCGCGCUUCCUGGCACGCAACUCAGCUAUUCACGUCGGCGUUCCAAGAGACUGGCUGCUGUUUGCGGGACUGUCUGUGAAGAUGUUGCCACGGCUGCUUUGUGGUUCAAUGGUCUGUCGUCAAGCUGACAAUGUGGAACUCGAGAAUGUCAACUGGUUUAAUUCCCAGGCAGUGAACAUCUAUGCUGAGGGGUGAAAGAAACUGGUGCUGCAUUACGAAAAGUGCUUAAUAACUGAAUGGCGACAAUGUAGAAAAAUGAAAUGGAUACUGUACGUAGUAAAAUAAAACUGACAAUAAAAUCUUUUCUCGCGAGUUUAUUUUGUUUAAUGACCAUAAAACCCUUGCUUUAUGAAUAUGCUUUGUACAAUUAUCACAUGCAACUAUACUAUAGCAUUCAAUUUAUGAAAGAUUUCAGUCCAUGACUAAACUGUUAAGUCAGGAUUUUGUUUUUAUAUAUUUGUUGUUUUCUGUAAAUUAAAGGGUGUUGUUUACACAAA